AUGACGGGGCCUUGGAUGAGCGCUAUUGCCACAUUCUUCCUGGCCAUGACCGCGGCGGAGUGCUCAGAAAGCACCGGGGUGGGCGUGGUCGCGGCCUUCGUGUUCGCCGGGAUUCCAGCGCACCUCAUGCGUUCAAUGGCAGGAGAGUUCGACAACGAGGCCCACGCCAUGAUGUGGUUCUGUGCGACCUUCUACUUCUGGUGCCGCUCUCUGCGCACGAUCCGAUCAUGGCCCUGGGCCCUGCUCGCCGCAGCGUGCUACGGCUGCUCCGUGGCCACCUGGGGAGGCUACAUCUUCGUCAACAACCUCAUCGGCCUCCACGCCGCGGUGCUCGUCGUGCAGGGCAAGUUCAACUCCGGAGCCCACCGCGCGUAUAGCCUGUGGUAUGUGCUGGGCACUGCGGCUGCCACCUUUGUGCCUGUGGUGGGGUGGACGCCCUUGAAGUCCUUGGAGCAGGCUCCAGCCGCGCUCGUCUUUUUCGUAUACCAGCUGCUGGAGCUCUGCGACAUGUACCGGCGCCGGCAGAAAAAGGGAAUGCAGGGCUGGGAGUUCUUCCUCUUCCGAGCCAGGGUGUUCGCUGGCAUGUUUGCAGGUGCCCUCGUGGUUUGUCUCAUACUGCAUCAGAUGAACUACUUCUCGCCGCUGUCCUCCCGCAUUCGUGCGCUCUUCCUGAGACACCAGCGCACGGGCAACCCGCUCGUGGACUCCGUCGCGGAGCACCAGCCCUCGAACGCAUCCUCCUACGAGACCUACCUUGGCGCGUCGAGGCACUUCGCGGUCGUCGGAUUGCUCCUGUGCUGGCACCAGCGCACGCCCGCGAAGAGCUUCCCGUUCAUCUUCGCGUGGGUCGCGUACACCAUGCUGGCCGCGUACCCCGUCGGGAUCGUCUACGACUGGUGCCUGGAGCAGCUGGUCGGCCUCGCCUGUGGGCCGCGGCCCGCGCGGGCGCAGCCUGCGCCGCCGCCGCGGACCGGAGGCAUGGGCUCCAUCCUCGCCGUCCUCUGGAAGAUAUGGCCGCAGGCGGCGGCAGACGCCGCGGGCCUUCCACAGCUCCUGAGGGAGAAGGAGCGCUUCGCCCACGACUUCCCCGAGAAGAACCGCAUGGUGCGUGCCGCGAUCGCCGGCGUCCUCGUGGCGUGCAGCCUCCCGACUCUCCUGGCUUACAGGUCCGAUUGGGUGGAGUUCUGCGAGGAAAUCUCGCACAGCUUCGCUGGGCCUGGGCUGGUGUUCCAGGCCAGGGGAGGGACCCUCGUGACCGACAAGUACGUGGGAUACGAGUGGCUCGUGAACAACACGCCGGCCGACUCCCGAGUCCUCUCCUGGUGGGACUACGGGUACCAGAUCACGGGCAUCGGGAACCGCACGUCCGUGGCGGACGGGAACACGUGGAACCACGAACACAUCGCGACAAUCGGGCGCAUCCUCUCGGCCCCCGAGAAGAAGUCCUACAACACUAUGCGGCACCUUGCCGACUACGUGCUCGUCCAUGCUGGCCAUCAGGAGACCGACCUUCGAAUCUCCACCCACUUUGCUCGCAUUGGCAACUCGAUCUUCCCAGACAUCUGCGGCGACGCAGAUCCCACGUGCACGAAGUACGGCUUCCUCGCCGGAGGGCAGCCGUCCAGGAUGAUGGCCAAGUCUUUCGUCUACAAAGCGGUCAAGCAUGGGCAGGAUGGGGUGCAGCUCAACCCGAACCUCUUCAAGGAGGUGCACGAAACUAAGUAUGGCAUGAUCCGGAUCUUCCAGGUACUUAACGUGUCGCAGGAGUCCAAGGACUGGGUGGCGGACCCCGCGAACAGGAAGUGCGACGCGCCCGGGAGCUGGUACUGCGUGGGGCAAUACCCUCCGGCGCUGGCACCGCUGAUCGCGAUGCGCAAGGACUUUGCCCAGCUCGAGGACUUCAACAAGAAGGGGGAGAAGAGCGCUUACACAAAGAUGAUAGAGGCUCGCGCGCGGAAGGGCUUGGCGGAGGAGUGA